AUGGACUCAUCGUUCAAUCCCCCGACGCGAGCACACAUGGCGUUAGCGAAUGCGCCGCGCCCGUUUGUCGAAUCUAGUGGAUAUGAUGCCAAGAUCUAUCUGCUCUCCAUCAAGAAUGCCGACAAGACCCUCAAGUCGACGGACGCGACCUACCUGCAACGGCUCGAGAUGAUGCGGCUCUUGGCUCAGGACGCUGGAGAUGAAGACAGCGUGGCUGUAGGAAUCAUAGAUGAGCCUACGUUUGUCGGGAAAGCCACCAAGUUGCAGACGUUCCUGAAACACCGGCUGUCUGCGCUUAGCGCCAACAACCUCAUCCGACCUGAGCUCACCUUCAUCCUGGGCUUCGACACGCUGGAGCGUCUUGUAGCGCCACGAUACUACUCGUCGUCGUCUGAUGGCACGGAGGCGGAAGCGAAGAUGUUUGCUGCGCUGGACGAGUUUUUCUCGCCUGACGUCGGGAACGCACGAGUCGCUUGUGCGCGACGGUCUCCCACGUCGGAUGCGGAGGAGUCGACCCUACGAUUGGCUGAAAAGUACUUCAAGUCCAAUAGGAUUGCGUUCAUUGAUAUCGGGGUGGCAGAGCAGACAUACAGCUCCACAGCAGUUCGUACCGCUCUCGGAAGAGGAGAUAAUGAUAGUUGGGAGGAUCUGGUAUCUCCCAGAGUCAGAGAUUAUCUUUUACAGCAGAUCCUCUACUCCAAUUGA